CUCUUCCAACACAGGAGGAAACCCAGCCAGUCGCCACAAGGGCAGGGCAGGGCAGGGCAGGACAGGGUUCACGCGUAUUAUUAAACCCCUUAUUAUUAAAAAGGCCUGAAACUCCGAGAUACGGAGGACAAAUCGAAUGUUGGCACCGAUCUUCGUUUCCGGCGAAGAUCUCUCCUAGGGUUCCUUCUUCCAGAAGGGAUUAUGUUCAGCGCUUCAAGUUUCGAGGCCGCUUGUGAGUCAAAUUUUGUGAUUGUUCUCCUUGGUACCUGGUGAAUUAGAGAAUAAUUUGACAUGGCAAGGGAUUUGCUUAAAAGCGCGACGAGAAUGUUAAUGGAAUAAAUUAGGCCAAUUUAGGUGGAAUAUUGACCCAUAUUUUAGGAAGAAUAUUUUGAUGCUGUGGUAAACCGAGAUUUGCAGAGAGUUGAAAACCUGAUGUAUGUCUAAUAAUGAACCGUCUUAUCAGAGAAGACAGAGAACUUUCGGUUGAUCUUGAAAGCGGUAGAAUAGCUAGUGAUGAAGGGGGCACUGCUUCAGGCAGUGGACAAGUAAUCGGCUUGUUCAGUAGUCUUCUAGGUGGUUCAUUAAGUUUUGAUGGAUCAGUUGGGGGUGAAUGUGAUGUUAACUCUUACAGCAAUUCCAGAGAACCUAGCGAGGCCGCAGCUGGGAAUUCAGAACUUCUUAUAGGAAAUAUUUCAGCGGAGGAGAGUGGAGAGGAUAUUCCCCUUACUGAAAACAAGCGUGUGAAAGAGAAAUAUAAAACGAUAAAUUACAAAAAAGCUGCCAAACCUCCAAGGCCUCCCAAGGGUCCAUUGUUGGAUGCGGCUGAUCUGCAGUUGGUAAGGGAGAUCUCUGUGCUUGCCAUGAAGAGGCGUGCACGUAAUGAACGUGCAAAGGCUUUGAGGAAGAUGAGGGAGGGUAAAUCAUCAUCGUCAUAUACCAGCCUAUCUGCCAUGAUCAUCACCAUUUUCUUCUUUCUCAUAAUUCUCUUCCAGGGAUUUUGUGCCAGAAGUAGUUGCAGUGUGAGUUUUCAGGGGUCUCCCGAGCCAGCAGUAGCUACAAACGGUUUUAUUUCAGUACAGUUAUAUGAUAAACUAUCUGCAAAUGAUGGCAGUGGCCUUGGUUCUGUGUCUCCCAGCUUUGCAGAGCAGGCCUCUGGUUCAAAUUUAGAAGGUCGGGAUAGGGCAGAGUUUUCAUUAAAUAGUCAUUGAGGACCAAGUUAAUAGCUGUUGUAUGAAAGCAAGUGCUUCACUCACUAUGUUGCCCACCUUUGAUCUAAUAUAGGGACCACUGUAUUCAGUUUCUGUACAUCCUUGUAACCAUAGCCUCGAAAUAAAGUUUUUCGUUUUUCUUGUAGUGGUA